UAACAACUAUGAUUUCAGCAAGUUUGGGCUAUACGGGGAUACCGAUGGGUAUGUGUUGAAUAAGGUGGUGAAGACGUUGCCGGUGCUGUAUGCGAAUGUGGAUCGGGAGAAGUUCUGGCAUGGAGUGGAUAUUGGGUAUGAUAAUCCAGAUGAGGGAUUGGUGGGGCCUGAGUAUUUGAGUGGUGUGGAGAGGGGGGGUAUUUUCAUGAUCGUAGCGACCCUCAUCUUCAACCCUCUCCUCCUAGUCAUCGAUCUCCUCCUCCUCCUUCGGAGCCACUACCGAUCUGGGCGCAUCUCCAAUCGUGCAGGCAUGUUCUGGUCUACUUGCUUCGUUGUCUACUUCAUCCUGGUCGCUUUGAGCACUGUUUGGAUGAACACUUUCCCCAAUAGCAGGAUCGAUCACAGUAUGUCCAGUAGUGAUAUCAGUCAAAGUGUGGAUACGUGCUGGCAGUACGAUAGGACGAUGUAUACGUUGGAUAGGUGGAGUAGAUGGGCAAAGGGGAUUGAACGGGGUUGUGAGGUUUUGGGGAUGUUGGGCGCUGUUUGCAUGGUCAUAUACUUCGGCUUCGCCCUCGCCGCGGCGUACAUCAACCGAAAGACCGACGCGCAACAGUCGAUGAGACUGCACGAUCUCAGCGGCUCCUCUUCCCUAACCCCCGCUCAGCAAAAUCUUCGCGACUUCCCUUCUUCUGGCCUCGGUGAACACGCUACCCCCAUCCCGAUGAACAAAUUCGGCAUUACAUUCAUAGAUGGCACUGACGGCACAGGUGGUCAGCAACCCAAGACUGCGAGAUCACAGGCGGAGGAGGAGGACCCAGAGGCCCAUGCAAACCCGUUCACGGAUCCGGCGAAUCUGCUCAGGGAAGGAGGUGUUGUGUCGCUAGAGCCGGCAAGACAAUGGAGGUAAACGGGCGUGACAAAGGUGCUAUGAGGUGUACCGGCAGCAU